AUGGAGGAAUGGGUGGUCAUUGGGAUGGUAAGCAGGUUGCGGAAUGACGUUGUUGCUUCUUUGGCCAACCCGAAAAUACUUCAAAAACAGUUACUAUCCAACAAAACACAACGAAUGCUGGACGAGUCUCUAUUUCAUUCGAAAUAUCUCUUAAGAGACGCUCAAAACGAUUUAUAUUUUCUUUUGGAGCAGUAUAACCCUACAUUCUGUCUACUAUAUGAAAUAUCAAGAGUUAUUGCUGGCAACAUCCACACCGUACCCAAUUCGAGGUCAUCUCAUUCAUUUGUUACAGAAGAAAGAAGGAAUUACCACAACAUAGAGCCUUCUCGACUGGUUAAACUCUGGCACGAAGACUUAACAGUUCACAACGAGAUGGUACUUGAUGAACUGGACAUGACUCCUCCUAAUUGCAUAAAACCAGCUAAAAUUGAGCGACGCUAUCUCCCCGCAAGUGAUGACCCCCAUAAUUAUAUUCAAGCAAAAUAUUAUGAUAUCCUCUUUUCGUUUCAAACUCCGCUGGUCUAUUUUGUGAAGUCGAACUUGCCAAGGUUAAAGAAUAUGUGUAAAGCCGCUUUCGGCCAACCCUAUGUGAACCACUACCAGAAUUUAAUAUUGGAAUUACUGCUAUGCAUACCGAAAUUUGAUGAAAGAUACAAUAAAACGGCAAUUUUAACUUCUGAUUAUGUUAUUGAUAACAAACAUGGGCUUGUACAAAGAGAUGAUUGUCUCAAAAAAUACGGUCUCAAUAAUGUUUCUGAAAAUAAGGACGUCUUUGACGACGUUAUAAAAUUAAUGAAAGCACGAGAGAUCAAGUUACAGCUUAUUCUUCUUCUUGAACUCAUCCAUAUCAAUAAGCUAGAUACGAAUUUUACUAACUUUGAAAAAGUAUCAAAAUCAAGGUUUAAGAAACGUUCAAUAAAUGUUAUGAGAGGAAGAGGUGUGCCUUUGACCAGGAAGAGAAAAAAUAAAGCAAAGAAGAAGGAAGAAGAGUCCAAACAAAACAAUUACAUAUCAGAAGCUGUGACCGACUAUUGCGAACAGCUAGAUAUAUAUGUUGAUAAGUUGGCAAUUGUAGAAUUACUCAUAGAAGCUGAGGUAAGUUCAGAGCAAGUUGCAACAGAAGACAGAACGGACCUACAAGAGCUUAAGAAAAAUAUUGUGACAAGAAGUAAUGAGGCCUCAUCCGUGGGAUUUACUAGCUACAUCUUGGUACCAUACUUCAAUAAAGCUGUCCCAAAUACAGUUAAAUUCAUCAUGAAAAAAUUCAAAGGCCCAAGCCUAACAAAACGUCAUAUACCAGAACAGCAAUCAUCCAGUCAGAAGUUAGACUCAAGUUUGGUAACGAAAUCUCCACCCUCUGUAGGUUCAGGUUUGAAUCCCGCCUCUCGCCGCAACUCUACUUAUAGCUUAUCACGAAAGAGUUCUACAGCAUCAGUACUGUCACUAAGCAGUAGACCUGCAUUAGAGAGGCAUGUAACACUAACAUCACUCACAUCUGAUUUGCUCGAGUUAAAUAGCACCACUUCUAAUUUAAAAGAAUUUCUAGAGGCUGAGAAUCAAACGAUUAGAAAUCCUUCGCUAUUGUCGAGAACCAAAUCUGACAUUGUAAUGAACAAUUUACAAAAAAGGCAAUUACCAGUAACCAGUGUUAAAGGUGUACCGUCUAAACAUUCCCAGCACACAUCCACAACUGCUGCAUCCUCUAAUGGAAGAUUAUCAACGGCGAAGGCCGAAUCAUCUUUCCGCAGAGUAGGGAAGAGGAAGGUAGUAGCGUCAAACGGAAUUGACCCACACGCAUCUGAUCAGAAUGUGAAUGUGCUUGAAGUAAUCGCAACGCCGUUAAAAUGCAAUAAUGUCGCACAGAGAAAAAAGAACGAGUAUAUGCUCAACAGUAUUGUUGAGUCCCCUCCGAAUAUUCAAGCUGGUAACGUGCGUCAUAAUAGCGCAGAGGUUCAAGUAACUGCAACACCUCUAACACAAACAUCUCAAACUCAGCGUCGACCCUCAUCUCACGAAAUUAUUGCCUCUGAUCAAAAGGAAGAUACAGUUCCAACAGAUGCAAUUUCCCGAAACGACAGCAUCCAAUCCAAGAAAAAGGUCCGGAGACGUCUAUUUGGUCCCUAA